UUGUUAGUGGCCAAACCGGCAACCGCUUCCCCGCCUCCACAGAGGCCCGCUGUGUAGGCAGGCAUUCAGUCCGUCGCCUCAGCCCGCCGAGGGAAGUUGUAUUGUGCUCGUGCGGAAGCCUCGUAUCAAGACUGACGAUUGCAUAUUUCAUUCUCCAUUAAAUGCAAACUUGACAAUCGAGUGAUUUAGACAAGCCUUCCUCUCACCCCCCCCCCCAAUUCCUCCUCCAACCUCAAAUCAUGGUUGCACCUCGCGUGGAGACCCAGCUCACCCGGUCACUGGUUCGAGUCCCUAACAGCGGGAGGGACAGGCGUGCCGGAGCCGUACUUCAUGACUUGUCAAGAGUGUCCUCUGCUGCGGCGCUGGUGCCCAUCACCAGUUACUUUGCUUUAGGCAUCUUACCGUCAACAUUAUCCCCGCAGCCGCCUCCACUACAGCUCUCUAUGGAUAAAAAUCCGUUGAAGGUCUCAAGUGGAGCUGUGCCAUGUGCUGUUACCGCGGAGGCCUCGACCACCUCUGGGACUCGUGUGAUGUCAAGGAGUGAUGAAAGAGCAAAUCGAAUGAUGUCAAGGGAUGAUGGAAGAGCGACUAACUCCUCUCCUGCAACGGUAAAUCCUACGGGAAGCCGCAAAAGAUCAAUGCAGCAAGACACCACCAGUAUUGCCACUGAGGGGAUCCGGUCACCCAAAGUCCCCAGGACUACUAAGAGGCCAACUCAGCAGUCGCGUCGCCCGGCACCUCAACGUAUGGCUGGAGGCAUCCGUACCAUGGAAGGACUGCUGAGGGAGAGGGAGCAGCUACGCGCUGAAAAUAUGGCUCUGAAACUAGAGUUAAGUAGGCGGGUUCAGCAGAGGGUUCCAUCAGGGGGUGUAGGUCACUAGACGCGAUGUGGGUGCCCGCACGUGUCCACACAUCUUACCCCAAGUCCCUCUCACUGUACUGGCAUGUACACCACAACUGCUUUCAGCUGCUCGUUCUUCGCUCUUUGAAAGACCUGUGAUAAUUUGUUUUCAAUGGAAUACGAAUUUAUGAAAAUUAAUCUAAAUUACGCGAUUAAAGUGUAGUUCAUGGACGAUUACUGAACAAUCAGCAGAAUGAUAACAUGGCUAAAAUAUGUAUAGAGAAUGGAUCCAGUGGAGACAGUGUGUAUGUACCUGAAAUAAAAAUAGCAAAAUGUCAAAUAGUUUCAAAUGUAUAUUUUCUUCAUGGAAGUGUUAUAUUUUUUUGUAUACAUGUGUUACAUUUUUAGUUAACUUCGAUACCUUUUUUUUGUUGUUUUUGGUAAAAAAAUAUAUUUUGUAAUAAUUUUCAAGUAUGUUUACCCUUACACCUGUCAAUGUGAUGUAAAAUUUCAAAUAUCUGAUAUUACAACUCUUUAAUCAGUUGCGUCUGCAUCCUCAGUGCUAAAUAUACUUGUGACGCUGAGGAGUGGCUGUGAAUGACGUCAGUGAGCUUAAAAUUGAAGCAGCGUUACGACUGAAGUAUGCAGUAAGGAAAGGUGGCCAGUGACAUUCAUGGGUGUAAUAAGAAAUUAUCAAUAAUAUUGUCACAAACUGUUUUUGUUCUUGUUAAUGGACGUUGUAUUGAUUAAUACUGCUUUUGUUCUUAUUAAUGGACAUUGUAUUAAUUAAUACUGCUCGUGUUAACGCUGCUGACUCCAUUAUUAUUUACAUUUAUUUAAUUUCUCUUGGUUCUUAUUUAUUUUUAUUGCAUUUAAGGGGAGAAAUUACUCUGUCCUUCCCGGACGUCUCUCUCUCUCUCUCUCUCUCUCUCUCUCUCUCUCUGUGUGUGUGUGUGUGUGUGUGUUCCUGUUACAUAAUUACGGUUGGAUGGAUUUAAACGCACGAAUAGACAUCUGCCUCAAGACUAUUAAUACUACUGCCAGAAAAAAAUGCAAGUUUACAAGAACAAUCUUAUGGCAUGAUAUUUCUCACAAGAUUCACAUUAAGAUUUUGCGACGUACUUCCUAAAUGUAUAACUUUUCGGAUUCUACAACAUUCACCAAUUUAUUCUCUUGACGCUCUUAUUCUCUAUAUCAUCUUUUCUUGAAAUAUACAGAUAAAUCAAUAAAACCACAUUCUAUAUUGUCAUACGUUUAUCAUUACUGUCCUCCCAACGGGGCGAUCAUUACAGUUGAAGGUCAAGAUCACACGUGUAUGUUCUGCUAUUAGUAAGUGCUCGAAAAACACGUCUCUUGUGUGCCUUGCUCUCAUCCCUAGCGCCGUUUUUUUUUUUUUUUUUCCCUCCUAAACAUCAGCCAGUUCUUUCCUAACCCAGCGGAGGGGAGGAAGUAGCAUACUGCUCGUGUCUUUUGUGAUCCUAAUAGCUCCUGGCAAAUUCGAUGUGGAGAUGGCGAGGCAGGAGCGUGAGGUUGGGGUGGACGAAGUGUAUUGUGGUGUGAUGGCCGUAGCGCGAAUGUUAGGCUUCCACAUUGUUGAGCACAAAGGCGGCACCUACAACGUAUGUCGCCGCCGCCUGCUGCCUGCCGUGCUACUAAGUCUCGGAUGUACCAUCUACACGAGCCUCCUAAUGGUGUACCUGGCGCUGACACCUGUCCCUUUCUGGUACGUGGUGAUCAAUUUGCCGUGCGUAUUUGCUUAUUGCUUCAUCGUGGUAGCCUGCGUGGAAACGGUGCUCAACAGAAACAAUAUGGCUCACUACCUAACCGUCAUGCAGUCCUUCACAGUCAGACAAAGUAGAUGGAAAACCAACAUAUCCGUGCUGGUUUACUUGUGUUACACCAUGGUGCUCGCCGCCUGUACGUUGCUCAUGGUCCCAAGUUUCCAGGUCACCGCGAACAUUCCUUUAGUUUGUAUAACCUCCUUUGUCCCCGCUAUCUUGGACCUGUACAUCGAGAGCUUCGUAGUGAUUCUCACAGCAAGCCUAGAGAAGCUGAGGAAAGAGGUGCACGCCAGGGAGACGUGGGCCGCUGGAGGCGUGAGGGCAACCUUUGCUUCCUGGAUGGAGGUGGCCAAAGCUGUCACGAUGCACAACAAGAUUUUCAGCUUGUGUGCCGGACUCCGCUUGAUUCAACUGAUGAUGAAGGCGAUGUCGUUGUUGUAUGUGGUGUGUUCGCUACAGUGCUGGACGGGAGGCUGCCUCUCGCUGCUGGUCAUCACGGCGCUGCCCCUCGGAGAAACUACGGAAAUACUCUACCGCAUCUGCAGGGUGGGCCAGCACCUCGCCACCGCCGGCGACCGGUUGCUGGGGGCUGUCACAGCGGCGGCGUAUCAAGUUCCACCCGGUUCAGAUGAGCAGCUGGCUCUCGCGCACCUCGCUUCUAGGAUGGAAAGCCACCUUCCCCGUGUCCUCGCGUGGGGCUCCGACAGCCUGACCCUGAAGACCUUCAUUCAGCUCUGCCGCAUGGUGACCGCCUGCUUGGUGUUACUGGUGCAACUCGGGGAGGACGACCGCUUGACUCAUGCGUAUUCUGACGGACCGCUGACCCGGUAUGAUCGCUGCUUCGUCUCCAACACGACCACCACGUCUAACCUCAUCACUUAAUUUACUACAUCUACAUCACCACUCACUUCACGGGGAAAAGAUACAAUAGGCAAAAUAAUGGUUUGAAUGACAACAUGAAUAAAGCAUUAGUAUGUUUAUGAGUACGAGUAUUUCUCACAGCAGUGAAGUAUUUGUCAGGUGUACAAACAUAUCUCAGUAACUUAAUCACCGUGCAUGAUAGUAGUGUAGCUAUAGUUAAUCCGUCAUUAAGUCAUUCGAAUUCCCUUAACGAAGUGUGAAUGACAUAGGAACAUAAGUAGCUGUCCGCGUCUCACAUCAUCUAUUCCACGUAUAAAAUGUGUAAAAUCUGUAAAGCUUGAAAAAAGUUUGGAUACAAAAAAGAU